ACUGCUGGGACAUUAUACAGUAAUGGAGGGGUCUGGUGAUGACGGUAUCAUUGUGUGUCAGGUUCCUAUAAGGUGUCAGGAUGUGGCGGUCUAUUUCUCCAUGGAGGAGUGGGAGUAUGUAGAAGGACACAAGGAUCUGUACCAGGACAUAGUCAUGAUGGAGGAUCACCGGCCCCUCACAUCACAAGGAGAAGAUUUGGCUUUUGCUGUACUUCCUGCUUCUAAGUAAAUUCCAAAAAGAUGGACAAGAAAAGGAAUGAGAUGACUAAGAAAAUAUUACACUUCACCUUGGAGAUCUUUCACAUGCUCACCGGAGAGGAUUACACCAUAGUGAAGAAGACAUGGGGGGAGUGUGUGGCCCCCAGCAGCCAUCCCCAUGAGUCCAGAAAAUGGAGAAGGGCUCGGGGCCCCAUCAUGGAGCCUCCACCUCACUCACUGAUACAUGAGGAGAAGAUCCUAGAACUCAUCCACAGGAUCACUGAGCUGCUGACUGGAGAGGUUCCUAUAAGGUGUCAGGAUGUGGCGGUCUAUUUCUCCAUGGAGGAGUGGGAGUAUGUAGAAGGACACAAGGAUCUGUACCAGGACAUAGUCAUGAUGAAGAAUGACCCCCCAGGGGUAGACGAGGACAUAAUCCACGUGACUAGGAGGACACUAGACGUGGCCCUAGAGAUGAUCCACGUGAUAUCUGGAGAGGAUUACAUAAUAAUAAAGAAGUCGCCUGAAGAGAUUGUGACCCCCUGUGUGACCAGAGGACGGAGCAGGACCCAGGGCCCCAUCAAGGAGCCUCCACCUCACUCACUGAUAGAUGAGAGGAUGAUUAUAGAACUCACCCACAGGAUCACUGAGCUGCUGACUGGAGAGGUUCCUAUAAGGUGUCAGGAUGUGGCGGUCUAUUUCUCCAUGGAGGAGUGGGAGUAUGUAGAAGGACACAAGGAUCUGUACCAGGACAUAGUCAUGAUGGAGGAUCACCGGCCCCUCGCAUCACAAGGAAAUCCCACUAAGAACCAUGAGGGAAAUGUCGUGUUAUUACCAUAUUAUAAAGGAGAAGAUGGAGGGAUCAUGGAGCGCUCCUCAGGAGAAGAUGGAGGGAUCAUGGAGCGCUCCUCAGGACAAGAUGGAGAGAUCAUGGAGCGCUCCUCAGGAGAAGACCUCCUUACCCCUAAUGUCCAUCCAGAUCUAUCAUAUAAUAAUCCCCCUGAUCAUGAGGAAUCUUCUCCUCACCGACCACACAUUGUUACCACCACAGAGCAAAAAAGGGGGAGAGAGCUUCAAUAUAAGACAUAUUCAUGUUCAGAAUGUGGAAAAUGCUUUAUAAGUAAUUCACAGCUUGUUAGACAUGAGAGAAUUCACACAGGAGAGAAGCCAUAUUCAUGUUCAGAAUGUGGGAAAUGUUUUACACUCAAAUCGCAUCUUGUUGGUCACGAGAGAAUUCACACAGGGGAGAAGCCGUAUUCAUGUUCAGAAUGUGAAAAAUGCUUUACAGGUAAAUCUGAUCUUGUUAGACAUGAGAGAAUCCAUACAGGAGAGAAGCCGUAUUCAUGUUCAGAAUGUGGGAAACGUUGUAUAAAUAAAUCUGAUCUUGCUAAGCAUGAGAGAAUUCAUACAGGAGAGAAGCCGCAUUCAUGCUCAGAAUGUGGGAAAAGUUUUACAGACAAAUCACAUCUUGUUAGACAUGAGAAAAAUCAUACAGGAAAGAAGCCUUAUUCAUGCUCAGAUUGUGGGAAAGGUUUUACAGUUAAAUCAGACCUCGUGAGACACAAGAGAAUUCACACCGGAAAGAAGCCGUAUUUAUGCUCAGAAUGUGGAAAAAGUUUUAUAAAUAAAGCAGAUAGGGUUAAACAUGAGAGAAUUCAUACAGGAGAGAAGCCGUAUAUAUGCUCAGAAUGUGGGAAAUGUUUUACAGAUCAAUCAACUUUUGUUUUACAUGAGAGAAAGCACACCGGAGAGAAGCCGUAUACAUGUUCAGAAUGUGGGAAAUGUUUUACAGUUAAAUCAUCUCUUGUUAAACAUGAGAGAAUUCACACAGGAGAGAAGCCGUAUUCAUGUCCAGAAUGUGGAAAAUGUUUUACAGUGAAAUCAGCUCUUGUUAGACAUAAGAGAAGUCACACAGGAGAGAAGCCAUAUUCAUGCUCAGAAUGUGGGAAACAUUUUACAAAUAAAUCAGAUCUUGUUAUACAUGGGAGAAUUCACACAGGAGAGAAGCCGUAUUCAUGUUCAGAAUGUGGAAAAUGCUUUAUAAGUAAAUCGGAUCUUUUAAAACAUGAGAGAGUUCACACACGAGAGAAGUCUUAUUCAUGCUCAGAAUGUGGGAAAUGUUUUACAUAUAAAUUGGCUUUUAAUAAACAUGAGAAGUCGCACAGGAGAGAAGUCUCGCCAGUCAAACCCCCCAGUGAGUUGAUGAAGGUGAAAGGAUUCUAAUGGCCAAUGAAUGUGAAGAAAACCCAAAUAAUAUCAACGUCCAAUGAGCAGAAUAUAAACAUCUCCAAACUUCAGUCCUGAUCGUCCCUGAUAGAAAUGUCAUGUGACCUAAGUCCUAUAGAACAGUGUCCAUGGCUUUGUCCCUAUCAGGGAGGUUACUGGAUAUCUAUACACACGCCUCUUAGUGGUGAAUGUGGGAAAUCUCUCAGAGCUCACACACAUUGUUCUUCUUCCAUAUUUCUCUCCUCCUCAUAUUGUUGCUUCCUCCUAAUGUCAUGUGAUCACACAGGACCCCCCAUUUAUUUCUCCAGUCUGUGGUGAUAGAGCCCCGGAAUGGGUGAUGGAGCCGUUAUGUCCAUGGAUGAUGGAGCCAUUAUGUCUAUGGAUGAUGGAGCCUUUAUGUCUAUGUCCAUGGAUGAUGGAGCCGUUAUGUCUAUGUCCAUGCAUGGAUGAUGGAGCCAUUAUGUCUUUAUCAAUGAAUGGAUGAUGGAGCCGUUAUGUCUAUGUCCAUGAAUGAUGGAUCCAUUAUGUCUAUGUCCAUGCAUGGAUGAUGGAGCCGUUAUGUCUAUAUCCAUGGAUGAUGGAGCCGUUAUGUCUAUAUCCAUGGAUGAUGGAGCCAUUAUGUCUAUGUCCAUGCAUGGAUGAUGGAGCCGUUAUGUCUAUAUCCAUGGAUGAUGGAGCCGUUAUGUCUAUGUCCAUGGAUGAUGGAUCCAUUAUGUCUAUGUCCAUGGAUGAUGGAGCCGUUAUGUCUAUAUCCAUGGAUGAUGGAGCCGUUCUGUAUAUAGUGUGAAACGGCCCGUUGGCCUAAACGACACUUGUACCUGUCAUG